ACCCAACAACCUCUCUUCCAGAGACCCUCCACCCCACAGCCAUGUCCUGCUCCAACCUCUGCCGCCCCUGCGGACCCACCCCGCUGGCUAACAGCUGCAACGAGCCCUGUGUCAGGCAGUGCCAGGACUCCCAGGUCGUCAUCCAGCCUCCCGCCGUGGUGGUCACCCUGCCGGGACCCAUCCUCAGCUCCUUCCCCCAGAACACCGCCGUCGGAUCCUCCUCAUCAGCUGCCGUGGGCAGCGAACUCAGCGCCCAGGGAGUGGCCAUCUCCUCCGGCGGCUUCGGCUUCGGAGGCCUGGGCUGCUUCAACGGCUGGAGAGCCCGCUACCCCUGCUAAGGGCCUGCUCCAACAACCAGCACCCUGCAAAUUAGCUCAUGUAUGAGGUCACAUCUCUGUGCCAUUCAUGUAAUAAGGUUCAGAAGCUGCUGAGACACAGCAGC